AUGCGAAUGUUCAAUGCUCAUCGCUAUUUCAGCGGUUCUUCCUUGGUACUGGCUAUCAACUUGGCAGCUGGUCUGAGUAUCUUCUUCUUUGGUUAUGAUCAAGGUGUAAUGAGUGGUGUCAAUAUAUCCAAGGACUAUAUCAACAUAAUGGGCCUUGAAAACAACGACGCUCUGUUAGGUGGUGUUGUGGCCGUCUACUAUGCGGGAACAUUGAUCGGUGCCUUGAUGGGUGGGUGGAUCGGUGAUCGCAUCGGCCGUAUUAGAACCGUUGUUGUAGGAUCCGUAAUUGGGAUCAUUGGAGCUUCUCUUCAGACUUGUUCCCAGAAUAUUGCUUGGAUGAUCUGCGCACGUAUUAUUACCGGUAUUGGAACUGGUCACCUGAAUGCCAUUGUCCCUGUUUGGAGUGCUGAAACCUCUCAUCACACUUCUCGCGGAAUGUUUCUUGCUAUGGAAUUCACUCUUAACAUCUUUGGUGUCGUGGUUGCUUACUGGUUAGCCUAUGGUUUGAGUUUUACUGAGGGUGGCUUCCGAUGGAGAUUUCCUAUUGCUUUUCAGUUGAUCCCUCUGGUAAUUCUAGCUGUAGGAAUCAAUUUUUUCCCCGAGUCCCCUCGCUGGCUGAUCAAGCAGGGACGUGAAAAAGAAGGCUUGGAAAUCCUCGGUGCUCUCCGUGGUGAUGGAAACAUUGACCAUAUCGAUGUUCAGAAUGAAUAUUCUCAAAUCAAAGAAAAUAUUCGUGAAGAAAAGGAAGAUGGUGAACCAGGCUAUCUCAGCAUGCUGUUCAAAAAAGACAAACUCAAUAUCCCUCGCCGUGUUCAUUUGUCUAUAUGGCUUCAAAUUAUCCAAGAACUGACUGGUAUUGGAGUCAUUACUGUGUAUGCACCAACUGUCUUUGGUGGCGCCGGCUUUGACGAAAGAACGUCUCAACUUUUGUCUGGCAUCAACAAUGUUACCUACAUGAUGGCUACUCUGGUUGCUGUCUUUACCCUGGAUCGUUGGGGUCGCCGCUUUACACUGUUUUAUGGUGCAAUCUGCCAAGGAAUUUCACUUCUUAUGGUUGCUGUGCUUACCAAGCCAUCUAUUAUGGUCCAAAAUCCUCAUGCUUAUGGUAUUGGGGCAACUGUUUUUACAUUUGCCUACACUGCAUUUUUCGGUAUGACAUGGCUGACUGUCCCUUGGUUGUACCCUGUUGAGAUUUAUCCCACCAAGGUCCGCGCAAAGGGUGGUGCCUGGAGUGUUGUUGGUUGGUCCGUGGGAAAUGCUUUGGUCAUGGAAAUCACUCCCCCAAUGUUAUCUAGCAUUGGCUGGGCCACUUUUUUGAUCUUUGCUGCCUUUAACUUCCUUUCGAUCCCAAUUGUCUGGGCAUUUUAUCCUGAAACUAGUAACAAGACUCUUGAAGAGCUCGAUGUUAUUUUCUCUACAGAAUCCUAUCUCGUUUGGCGCGCUGAAGCUGAGCUUGCCCGUGCCAAAGCAGAGAAACCGGAUCUGUUUGAGUCAAAAGAAAAGAAGCUGGACUACACUAAGCAAGAGAUCUUUUCAGACUAG